CGUGCCCCGUUGGGGGCGGGGCGUCCCACGCGUCCGCGCGGGCGGCCAUGAAGCCGGCGCGCGCCGCCGUGUGGAACGCCAGGGCCGCGCUGCUCUACUCGCUGGGCGCCUGGACCACGCUGGGCGGCCUCAUCUACUACGGCCGCCUGGAGAAAGCCGGCACCGGCACCGAGAAUGAAAACGAUCCCGACGCAAACCAAGGGGGCCGCAAGGAAGUACGCACUAAGGAAUAUCCUUUUGGAUUGACAGUGACAACAGAAAUAACCUACAGAGAGGUGCAGCCUCCUCUCACUCGGCUGUUCCGGCGUGUGGUGUCAUUCUUUGUUCCUAACGAUGACCCUCCUUCCGAAAAGUGAGCUGCUCAGAAGCUCGGGACGUGGUGCUGGAGCUCUGAGAACACCGUGCCGCUGCUGGAAGCGUGACCCGUGCAUUGCUGGCACGGCAGCUCUGGAACGGGUACUUGGGGAGCCACGCGUAAAUGGGAAGGGGUGUGGUUCAGUGUUUUGGUUACCGGAGUUCUUCAUGGUCCUUCAAAUAAAAACUCGUGAGAGAUGA